AUGCACGAGUCAUUCGCACUUAUCUUUCAUGUCUCAACUACGAUGAAUUAAAAGUUUUAAUCCCAUUUCGAAUCAAUAUUCCAGCCAAUAAACUACCAUUAUUUGAAUAUGGAAAGUUCUUGGAGAUAAUUAAUCUUUCUGAUAUAAACAGAUCUGUAAAAUCAUGGUUAAGCAAAGAAGGAUAUAAAAUUGAAACCAGUGCAUGGUAUAGAGUAAUUGAACCUCGGGAUCAUUUAAUGAAUAGUGUAAAGACAGCAAUCUGGCAAAUGUUGAUGCGUAAAUGUCGUAGAAUAAUAAAUAUCGAUUUAAAACUGGAGCUAGAGGAAGGAGAUAUUCCAGAUAUUUAUUCUAGAAGAGCGAUUUAUUACUUGAAAAGUUUCACUUUUAACGUACUUUCAGUUGAAUUUAAAGAACAAGUCUAUAAAAACAGUAUCGAAUUACUUCGACGACUGCCAUCACUCUCUACGGGACUUAAACGCAUCUUAUGGAAUAGUUCUUUAUACCCUGAUUUACUAGUAAAUCUUAUUCAAACACAAAAUGGACUUGAGUCUUUUAAUAUCUCUCAAAUGUCGUUUCGUGGUUUCCAUAAUCUGAAGACUCUUGGUUUAUCAUAUUGCGCUGGAUUAGAGCCUAGACAUUGCGAAAUCAUAAACGGAGCAUCAUUUCGUUUAAAUAACAUAAUUUUACGUCAUAAUUCUUGGUACUUUAAGGUAGAUUUAGCAAUUUUCGCAAAAGCUGGUCAUGAUUUACGGACCAUCACUAUUUAUGACAAUUUCUCAUCAGAAAUAAUUCGAGAAGUUCAUAAACAUUGCCCAAAUAUUACAAAAAUGAUUAUAUACGUAGAAAAUGCUAUUGCCUGCCCACGUCUUUCUGAAUUAGCUAAGAAAUUGCCCAAAUCUCUUCAACAUCUUAAAUAUCAUGGAAAUUUAGCUUCGAUAGAUGUGUUUAGUAAAUUUUUUGAAUGUUGUAUGGUUCCUUUAAAUACUAUUAGUAUUUAUCCCAUAAGUCUUAACUAUGUUUUUAGUCAAUAUAUUUCUGUUAUAUUCGAGUUUGCUAUUAGAGUCAAGAGUUUAAAAAGAUUAUUUCUUAGUAGAAGAGCUAUACCAAAACAAUGGCAGCCUCAAGAGUUGGAAAUAAAAAAAGGGUUAGAGAAUCAAGGUGUAGACUUACGUAUGCUUUUUUCAAUUUACGAUGAUUAA